AUGCCCGCAUACACUGGCCUCAACGGCCGUCCGAUACCUCCGGGAGCGAAGAGGAGGCGGCACAUCACAUCUGCCUUGUUCAAAACACCACUCUUGUUGGUACCAGCAAUAUUUAUGAUGAUCCUCUUGUAUUAUUCCAUGCGGUCCGGGCGUGGACAUCGCAGAGGUCUACCCGUCCCUUUUUAUGAUUCUCAAGAGACUACCACUUCGCUAGAUGAUUGGAAAAAGGACCGUUCCUCUUCAGGUAUUCCUGGACUGCCACCAAUGUCAGAUGAGGGAAGGUCCGUUAUCAUUGUCCCCUGUACCGCGUCUGGAUCUAUAAAUAGUAAACUCGACGGUCAACAGCAAGUGACCACUGAAGUUCAGUUCUACCGCACGCGGUGCCAACCGGUCGUAGUUGGGAAAAAUGAUGAACGCACGGUGAAGGAAAAAGGUGGAUGUAGCGAUGAUGUGCGCCCCAUUGUGAGCAUAAUUCCACAGGGUUCAGAAAAGUUGUAUUUCCCCAAGGAGGUUCUUCUCGAGGAGAUGGAGGAGGAAGAGCAGGGACCUCAAGACACCGUUGGGAGGUUCCCACAACGUAUGGAGAAGGUGUUGUCGGAAGACGGGACGAAUGGUUUCUGGUUGAGUACCUCUUCCUCAGGGCCACCGAUUAUGCGCUGUGCCUCUCGUGCUCUUGUUGAGCCAUUUUUUAGCGCUCCACUAAAUCCUCAGCCAAACUGGAUAUGGGGCUCAAGUGGUUUUGUUGUUAGUGUCCUUCUGUAUACCAUUGCCCGCGACGUAGGCAAGGGCGUGGUAGAGGGCUCGUUCACAUUUCGUUCGCGAGAGAAAAUUCAUUUCUACGGUUUACCCCUUCGAAAGAAGCCGAGCGCAGGUUGGAUCGAGGCAGACGACGACGAACUAGACGACGAAGCGGUUACAGGAGGAACUCUUCCCAGUGGAACUGUGCCACUAGUCUACGCUUUUGGGGAGCGAAGUGUCGUCGGUAUUCUGUGGCUGAAUGGCUCCCCUUCGCAUGCUUACACUACCGACACCGCAGAUAGUAAGUCUAGUGGGAUGCGAGAGCAAACCGUCCACUUCGCCAGUGCCACAGGUGCCACCCGUGUCUUCCUCCUCCCCGGGCCCACGCUGGAGGAUGUGCUUCUGCAGUACUAUACGCUAACUGGUUUCCCCGUAUUUCCACCUCUAUUCGCUCUGGGUUACCACCAUCAUUCUGUGAGAUACAGACAUGCGGAUGAUAUAUUACAUGUGAAUCAUAUGAGUCUGAGCUUACGUUUACCUAUCGACACAGUGGGAAUGAAUUUGGGUGCUGUUGCCGCUGACGAUAUCUUUGCGUGGCCGCGAAGGCGUAUUGCAGACUCGUUGGAGGUUCAGACGCGGUUGUGGCGGGACGGUGGGCACAUUAUUGUGCUGGCGGUAACACCAACUGUAGUACCCAGCUCUGGUUCAGCGGCAUACAUAGAGGGAAAAGAAAAGGGGUACUUUAUUUUCUCGCCGCUAAAGGAGGGUGCCGCAUUUGUUCACCUAGUUUCGGGUAUAGCGAAGGUGUGGAUCGACUUCUUGAACCCUCGCGCAAGGCAAUGGUACUCUGAGAUGAUGGAAUUUACACGUUUUGUUGGCUCCACAAAUCUCACCCACUUCUCUCUAGUGGAUAAUGAGCCGAUGCUACCCAGAGUUCUUGGUGGAACCGAUGGCGUAACUCUACCGUCAUCAGCGCUACAUUACCGGGGUGUGCGUCACAGGCAAGUCCGAAACGUCUACGGUAUGUUACACUCUAUGGCCGCAUACGAUGGGCAACUAAGUCGUACAAAUAAUGAAUAUCGGCCCUUCGUUGUCACGCAGUCGUACUUCGCGGGUUCGCAACGCUACGCUGCGGUGCGGUUGCGUUACCGUCACAGGAGGGAUAAUGAUCUCACCCUUUCAUGGGCGCGGCUAAGGGAAACGGUGGAAUUGUGCAUCUUACAUAGCAUCUCAGGCCUUCCUUUUGUUGGGCCUGAUAUUAAUGUCCCCGUGCCCAACUCCUUCUGGGGAAAGAAAAAUUUUGACGAACUACAGGUGCGGUGGUAUCAGCUUAGUGCGUUCCUUCCAUUGUUCAGGAGCGACAUGGAUGUGCGGCCGCGGCACGCUACGAUACUUGAGUUCCCUAAACGUACCAUCUUUCGUAUUCGCGAGGCUGUUCUAUUCCGGUACACUCUUUUGCCCUACUACUAUACGCUGUUCUGGAGGUCACAUCUAUACGGGGAACCCAUCCUUCGCCCAGUAUUUCUUCCGUAUGAGAAACGGGGCCCACCCCCGGAGAAAGGAGUGGCAAUGUCGAAGGAAUCUUUCUUUGUGGGCCCAGACCUUUUUGUGGCUCCGGUGCUGUCCGCUGUGGGGGAGGAAACCGCGUGGCGGAAGGAACCGCACCAUAGGAUACGUCUUCCACCCAAUGACCUCUACUACGACUACUGGACUGGUGCUCUUCAGUACCAAGGAGGAUUGGUGAAGGAACCCGCAUGCAUACGCUUCGAUAAAAACCCACCAUUUGCCGAAGCGAAGCAUGUGGCACCGUUGUUUCUGCGAGUAGGUUCAAUUCUCCCAACCUUCACUCAGACACGAACAAUGCGUAGUUCCCAUGAUCCGGCAAACUACACGCUUACUAUUGCACUCCCGCAGCUGACGUCGGAACUGUUAUGGGCAAGUGAGCCCGUGAACUCCAGCGACGGUAGGUUGCUUGCUGAAGGCGAGUUGUUCGUGGAUGGUGGCGACAACUACGUAGACUACAACAAUCAUUCCACAAUACGCAGUGACUUCUGUGCCCUUCGGUUGGAGUGCCGGUUAUUUCCUCACUCGUACCGUAUGGAAGUGCGAUUGAAAGCGACGGUUAACUCGUCGUGCGGUAAAGCUGUAGAGGCGCUGAAGGCUAAUUUGGUGGAGCUGGAUGACCCUAAUGUAUAUGUUAUUGAUCGGCUGCGGUUAUUGUUUGCGUCACCAAGCGAGAGUAGGUUUUUGGUGAGGGGUUUGCCCGCGGCCAGCGAAAACGGUCGACAGGAGCAGAUGCAAUGGAAGGUGUCCUACGGGGAGAUUGAUGAUAACGUGGUGGAAGUGCAUAAUUUCUUUGUGCAGCUGUCGGAUUCUCUUUCUAACGAGAGUACAACUCAUGUGAUCGCUGCAUUCGAUUUGAGGUUAUGA